UUUGAUCAGUUCCAAGGUCCACUGUUGAAAUUCCUUGCGGUCUCUCCGGGUUUUCGCCGAUUUGUUCUCAAGAAUGAUGUUUGAUCAACAGGAUAUGCUUGUCGAAGCGACGAAAACGAGCGCAGGGAGCGAAACACAAAUAGAGAUAAUACCUUGUAAGGUAUGCAGUGAUAAGUCCUCUGGAGUCCAUUAUGGUGUGAUCACUUGUGAAGGAUGCAAGGGAUUCUUCCGACGGAGCCAGGCAGGUCCCGUCAACUACCAAUGUCCCCGCAGCAAACAGUGUGUGAUAGACCGUGUGAACCGAAACCGAUGCCAGUAUUGCCGAUUACAGAAAUGUUUACAGCUUGGGAUGUCUAGAGAUGCCGUAAAAUUUGGAAGAAUGUCCAAAAAGCAACGCGAACGAGUAGAGGAUGAAGCGAAUUACCACAAGCGAUCGCGAAUGAACGGCUUCGAUGGAUCACCACCGGCUUACGAGGUUCCCCCACAGUUACAGCCCCCACCUGCUGAAUACAUCAGAUACGAAGGUAUGCCAAACAUGGAUAUGCUGCAAAAGCGCUUCCCUCCGGUAGAGUUACAACAGGACGGAGGAUAUGGAGAUUACGCACCCCCUCAGUACGGUUACACACCCAAUGGGUAUGUUUACAGCGCCACACCUGAUAUGUCAGCGUACGCCCCGGCGCCACAGACGCCAAUGGAGGCCAUGAAUCCUUAUGCGAACGUUUCACCGGCGCCACCACCGAUGAUGAAAUCGACAGAGGAAUUAGAUUUAGGAAUUCUAUCCAAAGCCAUAUUCGAUGCCCAUUUGCGGACUUGUCUCGUGAGCAACGACCAGAUUGAGAGGUUGAGAUGUCAGCCACCACCGCCUGAACUUAUCGAACAAUUACGAAAUUUGAGUCAUGAAGACCUUUGGAAAGAGGUCGCUGAAAAGAUCACACUGACCGUGCAACAGAUCAUCGAAUUUGCCAAAAUGAUUCCCGGGUUUAUGACAUUCCUUCAAGAUGAUCAGAUCAUGCUGCUGAAAGCUGGGAGUUUUGAAAUUGCCUUGCUCCGUUUGAGUCGAGCGUACGACGUCGUGAAUGAGAGUGUAUUGUUCGGCCAUACUUUCCUUCCAUUGGAUACCUUCAAUAACCUCACUGACGACGAGAUGAACUUACGUCACAGUAUCUUCCAGUUCGCGCGUGACAUUAUGACCUACAAACUUACAGAACAAGAAAUCGCUCUUCUUAGUGCCAUCGUGCUGCUCAGCCCAGAGCGUCCGGGCGUUAAAGAUAUUACUCAGGUUCAGAAAAUUCAAGAGCGGGUGAUGUCUGCGUUCAAGAUCGAAAUCGGCAAGAACCACCCAGAAAACGAAUCGAUUUCAACCGAACUUGUAUCGAAAAUUCCUCAGCUUCAUAUGUUAAGCGCACAACACAUUAACGUCUUGUCAAAGUUUAAGAAAACAGCGCCAUCUAUUGAAUUCCCAGCUUUACACAAAGAAUUGUUUUCGGCAGAGGAAGGAUCGCAGUGACUAUUGUAAAGAUUUCGUCUCCGUGGAAAAUGACGCUCAGACUUUUAUAUUCAGUGUGCGUUGUAAUUCGACUUGGAGCAUGGCCAGUACUCAGUUCUGUUGUGAGAGGGCGCCCUACUCUGAGUCACAUGACCAUCCGUUAAAUCGUUAAGUGUGCUAUUGAAUUAUGGGAUCUCGGCCGUAGGAAAAUGUGAAAUUUAUGCUGAGAGAGCAUCUCGCUUAAGAUUGUUAACAAUUAUCUUCAAUCCGUUGAAGUGAGACGGCGUUUCUGGAUUACAUAAGUUCUGUUCUUGGAUUACUUAUGCGCUUUUUCUGGUUUAUGUAGGAUAUUUUUGCAUGUGAACCCUGGGGGGGGGGUCACAUUAUACGAUUUAGCUGUCUUUCUUGUAAAUAUUGAAUACUUCAUCAGAAAGCUAUAUUUCAGGGCAUUCGUUUCCCAUCUAUCUACUUAACUCUUCUACUUCAAAGUAUAUUCUUUGACGCUUAAAGCCCCAUCGUAUUUUGUAACAGGAGGGGGGGGGCUUUAAGGGUGUUUGUUGAUGGAUGUAAAGCAUCAUGUGUGUAGGAAUUGAUGGUACGCAUAACCGUUUCAGGAACUUUUUUAUACUGGGGUUGUAAUUAGGUCAAAGUGGAUUGUAUAUCUAAGCAUGUACAUUGUAUGCAUUUCAAAUGCUUUUAGUCUGCACUGUAUAGGUGACGCUUUUAGUUUUAAUUUUCGAAUAUAGAGGGUGCUGGCUUUGACUGCCGAAAUGGGCUUGAAAAGUCCAAAUAACCGUUGCCAUAACAACCGUUUGGAGAUCAGAUUUUUAUAAACUUUGAUAAUGUGUCUGUAAUAUUUGUGCCCAGGUAAACUGAUUUUAUUUGGAUUUUAAUGAUUAGGUUUUACUAAGAAUCAAUGAAGAAUGAUCUUUACUUGGUUUUAGGAAUCUCUAAAGCUAGAUAAAGACUUUAAAUCGUAAUCUUGGUGAGGUCUUGUCAUGGGUUCCUCAUCUCUAAUACUGUUGAUUAGUUCUGAAAAAUAUAUAUAUUUUACUACAAAAAACAUUCAUUUUAACCGCACAUUGUAUAGACACUUUAUAUAGGUAUGUACUGUACAUAGACGCAUGUAACCUUCAGAAUGUUUUAUGUAUACAUUACAUGAACUGUAUAUGUAUAUCAUACCUUGUACAUGUAUAUAAAUUGUAUAUUACCUGUAUCCAAAAUACAUUUUAUCGAAGGAAUACAGGGCUACAGACCACAUAUACUCUACACCUAUGUAAGAUCCUCUUUCAACGCAAGCAACAUGUCUUGGUGAGUUUUGGGUAAGGCCCAGAUCGAAACGAAUUUAAUAUUUUUUUCAAAAUAUUCCUUUUAGAUGUAGUGUUUACAGUAGAACGUCUCUAAGGACACCCUCAAGGCUGACAAGGGCUGCCCUUAAUAGAGAAGUGUCCUGAUUAGAGAGGUAAAACUGAAUGGAAACAACUAAUUUGGGACUAAGACUAGUGUCCUUAAUAGAGAGGGUGUCCAUAACAGAGAGAUGUCCGCAAAGUGAGGUUCCACUGUAUAUUUUUUUGUCUGUAGUCCUGUGAAUUUCUUUGCCUCGCACUUUGCAAACAAGCAAUUUAAAACACUGCUAUCUGUGAUUUAAAUUGCAUGUGAGAAUAAUCGAUCAUCUGCGAUGGGUCAUUGCAGGUACCUUUAAUAAAGCGAGACUUUUUUAUACCUUGGUUAGCAUGCUUUUUCAUCCAAGGACAAGCUGAGGAGGGUGGAAUAAAAAAUUUUUUUUUUUUUUUCUCGGUUUUCUGCAAUUUUGAGUGGCGCGGGCUUGCUGAAUGACAAAUUUUUUUUUUCUCCACAUUUUCAUGCUAACCAAGAUACAAAAAACAAAACUCGCCUGAGAAUCAGGGAUCACAGCAGCCUGCGAUCUUUAUCGAACCCAGCGAUAGCUGACGUUACCCUUGACGUUGUCACAGAUAGCUGUGAGGUAAAUAUCUUUUUGCCAGGCGCUUUGAUGAAUGAAGCAUGUAUUCAACAGGUAGUUAUAGUUAUUCCUAGACAAAUUUAUUGGAUGACUUUGAAAAUAUAUUUUUGAUCCAAAACAGGUGUUUAAUAAGCUAACUGCUACAGUGCAUGCCCUCUGUCAUUAGAAGACAUUUUCAUUUGAUGGGUUACGAUAUGGUAUUAUUGAAUAAUUAUUAUAAUAAUUAUUAUUAUUGAAUAAUGUUGAAAAAAUCUGAAAAAUUUUGCCUUCGAAAUUUCUGUGUUGUCCGAUAUUCGUCUUAGGAAAGCCACACAGAGCAGAAAUGUGAGUCUAAGCAGAGAUGUGAUGUGAGUUGCAUUUUGUGAUAAAACUUGUAACGACUUCCAUACGAACUACCUUAAGAUUUAUUGGUCAAAGGGGUGGUGUCUGAAAUGCUAUACACCGAGUUUCAGCAGAUUCGUACUCAUGAUAACCACAUUACAGCAUUGUGUAAAACUGCAUUUCUAUUUUCCUGGCCCACUAGUAAAGGCGUACCCCUUUAACCUCUAAAAUAGCAAGUUGAACUUGUAAUCAUGGUUGUACAUUUCUUUCAUCGUCCCAUUUUUAUAUCGCUUUGUUUUUAACGCACUUCCAUAGCAUCAAGAUCGUUGACAUAUAAGAGAUUUUAUCGUGAAUAAGUAAUGUAAUCAUUGGCAUUAAUAACUGUGCCAUUGGCGACGUGAUAAUAUUGAACUAUGCAGUUAAGGCCUGUUCCAAAAUAAAGGACUUCGAGCACACAGGACAGAUGUUAUAUUUUCAAAAGAGCUCAAUCUAUCCACCGUAUUGUAGAGUUAGAUCAACUUGGGCAUUUUAGCAGCAGAUUUAAGUUUUGAUUCUGGGCUUUUGAACAUUCUUUCCUAAACACAUCGACUAUCAACAGAAAUACCAUUUUUUCUGACUUCGUAAUAAGCAGACUUUCACAGUGUCGUUUGAGGCACAGACUAUCAUAGUCUGUAAAAUAAUUCCUAUAUGACUUGGUGAAUGAAUAAAUAAAACUUAGUGUCACAAUAAAAAAGCUUUAAAUUGUGUGAAGUAAACCAAUGAACAUAAUUGUGCCAUAUGUAACCAAGAGUCUGUGGACCUUAAAGGCCAACACCAUUUGUCGGAAAUUGAAAAUUUGUAAUUGAAUUUGAAAAUUCCAAUUGCGUCCAUACGUAAUGAAAAUAAGUGUCAACAUUGCCAUUUUGUUUCUAGAUAUACAAAUACUAUAUAUAAUUCAUGCAUGAUUUCUCUACGACAUUCAGGCGCGUUUCUGUUUUCAUGAUCCAUGAUCACACUACUUUUGACAUUUUCUCGGGUGGUGGAAAUGAACUGUCUCAUUUCCUAUUCAUGAGUCUGGUGCAGAUCAGAUAGCUAGAUAAGGCCGGCUGAACAUGUGGACAAUAUGGCCCGCAAUAGGGUUCCAUUCAGUUUAAUACUUGUGUAUAACUCAAUGAUGCUUUGAUACAGACUGAGGGGAGGGAAGGGCAUUGUGUUAGUCAUA